AUGGUUAUUGGUAGCGGCAGCGGAAAGGUUUGUUUAGAACUGAGCAGAGGCCUAACAACAUGGAGCAGCGUGGUCCGUAAGGAGAGGAAGCGUAAGAAGGGAAUGAUGUACCUGGAAGAGAGGAGACUUGUCCACCGGGACUUGGCAGCCCGAAAUGUCUUGGUGAAAUCACCAAACCAUGUGAAGAUCACUGACUUUGGCUUGGCCAGACUUUUGGAAGGAGAUGAGAAGGAGUAUAAUGCUGAUGGAGGGAAGAUGCCAAUUAAGUGGAUGGCUCUGGAGUGCAUACACUACAGGAAGUUUACCCAUCAGAGUGAUGUUUGGAGCUAUGGAGUCACUAUCUGGGAGCUUAUGACCUUUGGGGGGAAGCCGUAUGAUGGAAUCCCAACACGAGAGAUCCCCGACCUCUUGGAGAAGGGAGAGCGGCUGCCCCAACCUCCGAUCUGCACUAUUGAUGUUUAUAUGGUGAUGGUGAAGUGCUGGAUGAUAGAUGCUGACAGUCGGCCAAAAUUCAAGGAGCUGGCUGCUGAAUUCUCUAGAAUGGCUCGAGACCCUCAGAGAUACCUAGUAAUUCAGGGAGAUGAUCGUAUGAAGCUCCCAAGCCCGAAUGACAGCAAGUUCUUCCAAAACCUUCUCGAUGAGGAAGACCUGGAAGAUAUGAUGGAUGCUGAAGAGUAUCUUGUUCCUCAAGCCUUCAACAUCCCUCCUCCCAUCUACACGUCCAGGACAAGAGUUGAUUCCAACAGGAGUGAAAUUGGACACAGCCCUCCUCCUGCCUACACCCCUAUGUUGGGAAACCAGUUUGUGUACAGAGAUGGAGGCUAUGCCGCAGAAGUGCCGAUGCCGUACAGAGCUCCUGGCUGCGCAAUACCAGAAGCCCCAGUUGCUCAAGGGGCCGCAGCAGAGAUCUUUGAAGAUACUUGCUGUAAUGGCACAAUACGAAAACAAGUGGCAACCCUGGCAAAAGAGGACAGCAGCACCCAGAGGUACAGCGCUGAUCCCACGGUCUUCAUACCCGAGCGGGUAGUCCGGGGAGAGCUGGAUGAGGACGGGUACAUGACGCCGAUGCGAGACAAACCUAAAACAGAUUACCUAAACCCAGUGGAAGAGAAUCCAUUUGUUUCUCGGCGAAAGAAUGGAGAUCUCCAAGCUGUGGACAACCCAGAGUAUCACAACGCUCCGAACGGGCAGCCCAAAGCAGAGGACGAGUACGUGAAUGAGCCAUUGUACCUCAACACUUUUGCAAACACCUUGGAAAAUGCCGAGUACCUGAAGAACAACUUGCCGGAGAAAGCCAAGAAGGCCUUUGACAACCCAGACUACUGGAAUCACAGCCUGCCCCCACGAAGCACCCUCCAGCACCCGGACUACCUGCAAGAGUACAGCACAAAAUACUUUUACAAACAAAAUGGACGGAUCCGGCCCAUUGUGGCAGAGAAUCCUGAAUACCUCUCCGAGUUCUCCCUGAAGCCUGGCACUGUGCUGCCCCCGCCACCCUACAGACACCGAAAUACAGUGGUGUAGUCACCGUGGUCGUAUAGAAGUGGAAAGGCAACCCCUUCUAGCUGCCUCGCUCUCUCCCUCUACCUUUUCUCUAUCUCCCUUGCCUCUCUCCCUGCCUCCCUUUCUCCCAUGAGCUUCCUCCUCUUGCCCGUUCACUCAUUUUUGAUAUUGCCAAGUGAAAGGAUGUCUUGGAGUCGUUUGCAGAUUGGGUUGGGAACCUGGAAGGAAGGGAGGAAGGAAGGUAAGAGACUGAAAGAAGGCGUGUACAACCUGGCGUUUCUCGCUUUCCGCAGAUCCGAAGGGUCGGACAGUCGGAGAAGCCAGACCGUACCAGUAACGGCCAGUGGCAGGGGUUGCCCGC